GCAUCUCUCUUGGAUUAAAGCGAGAGAGACAGAGUGAGAGAGAUAGGCUGAGAGAAUGAGAGUGCAUAGAGAGUGAUUGAAUUGAGCAAAUUCAAAGCUGAACACAGGACUCGGGGCACGUACUUGGAGAAAUAAACGCUUGGCGACAACCUGAAGCAAAGUCGGAGCGGUGAUUUGGUUUGUCAUAUUUAAGGUAUACAGUUUAUCACCUGACUACUAUACUGAACUGUGCGAGGAAGCAUGAAUGUGGACAUCGAGGGGAUAAUCCAGUGCAUCAAGCAGGGAGAUGAGAAUGGUGUUCAGAUAAGGCUGCAGGAGUUCAACAAAGAGUAUGCCCAGUGUUUCUUCUUUGACACAGAGGAGAGGGAAAGACGGAGACAAAGGCGACUAGAAGAGUUCAGGAAGAAUAAAGUGAGGGACUACACUGAUUCUGACUCGGACUUGGACGAGUACGACCUGGAGGAUCGAGGACUCAUCCUCAGACAGAAUUUAGGUGUUGUCCUUGUGAGGUUCAUAAGGACGCAAGUCAAAUGUCACCUGUUGAGAGUAUGCCUACGCACUCUGAGGAUCCUGUCCCGGGACCAAAAGGUCUUGGGGCCUUUGGUGACCGACAGCGCCCUCCUGACUCUGGCCAAACUAGCCGGGCUGACCACAAGUGACAUCAGUGAUGAAGUCAGCGACCCCGACUCUGAUUUCUACGAUAACAUCAUUGCCUCUCUCACCGAAACCAAAGUGCUGCAGGGUCACACUAAUGAGGAUGAAGCUGAAGCUGAAACUAACAACCAAAACGAGGAGCCGCCGGCCUUCGACGAGGAUGCCAAAAGCGACAUCAGCAUCACCAACAGCGGCGAUUUGGACAGCAUCAGCUGGUUUGGGAGCCACAGGACGAGCAUCAACGAACUGCACAGAGGUGGGACGCAUCACAGGGUCCUGGAGCGAGGGCGGAGGGACCGCAGAGAGAGUAAGAUGGAUGUGGAGGAGGAGGUGGAGGAGUUGGAGUCCGGAGAGGAGGCAAAGAGAAAAGAGGCCAUGAAGGUGUUGUGUAACGUGGUGUACAACAGCGCCUGGGCACAGGAAAGGUUCAGUGCUCUCAGGCUCAUGUGUGGCCUCAUAGAGCGCGUAUCAUCCAGUGUCAGCUGGUCGAAUCCCUCUAGUGCUCAGUUUUAUGAACUGCGCUUUAUGUUCCUCAUGACUGCACUCCGGCCAGAGCUCAGCACCCAGCUUAAACAGGAGGGAGGGGUUUCCAUCCUCACAGCAGCCUUGGAGAGCUGCCUGGAGGUGCAGUGGAAGGACCAGUAUGAGUGUGUCUUGGACCCACAGACACAGCCCAUCUCUCUGGAAACCUCUCAGCGCGUCACAGAGAUCCUCAAAAUUCUCUUCAAUAUCACGCACAGCACCCACAAGCAGGACCCAAGUGAGGAUGAUGCGGCUCUGUACCGACACCUGGUGGCGAUCCUGCGCCUCUGUCUGCUGAGGAAGUGUCUCCUGUCAGAAGACACAGAUGAACUGCAGGGUCACACAGUGAACCUGUUGUCAGCGCUUCCUCUGCAGUGUCUCGAUGUGUUGCUGACGGUGCCUCUGGAGCCAGAUUCAGAGCAGUGCAAGGGGGUCAACAUGGACUGCAUCCACACCCUGCUGAUGUUCAUGGAGAGACGCCUGGAGGCGGGAGAUAAGAUCAAAGAGAAGCUGACACCAAUCCUCAAUCUGCUGACGGAGAGCUGCAGGGCUCACAGAGAAACACGGCACUACAUCAGAAAAUAUAUCCUGCCUCCUCUGAGAAACGUAUCACAGAGGCCAGAGGAAGGCACCACAGUGAAGAGCCGUCUGAUUCGUCUUAUGACUCAUCUGGACACAGACCUCAAACACUGUGCCGCUGACCUCAUCUUUGUCCUCUGCAAGGAAAAUGUGAGCCGUUUUGUGAAGUAUACGGGUUACGGUAACGCAGCAGGUCUGCUGGCCACCAGGGGGCUCCUGGGAGGCCAGGGGCCCAGGACCUCUGAUACCCAGUACUCCAGCGACUCUGAUUCAGACACCGAGGAGUACCGGCAGGUCAAAGACCGCAUCAACCCAGUGACGGGGCGGGUGGAGGCAGAGCAGCCAGACCCUAUGGAGGGCAUGACAGAGGAGGAGAAGGAGGAGGAGGCCAAGAGGCUGAUCAUGCUCUUCAACAAGCUGUCCAGAGACAACAUCAUCCAGCCGAUGGGAGUGGAUGAAGAGGGGAAGCUCGUCCCAAUGUCAGGACUGAAGGAAAAUCCUCUCUCUGAGGAGGCGAGGUCUGAGUCAGAGAAUGACGGAGAAACAGAGGAAGGAGACAAGGACUGAUUUCUGUUCAUCAGUUUGUUCAGUUUAUCGAUAUUACUUUGUAAACAUUUCACUUGUACAGGUCAUCAGUGGAAAAGAUGUGUUGUGUCUCUAUGGGUGGUGUGAAAAGACAGAGCGAUGUAGUUCUCGACCAAACAGAGUCGUGCUGAGAGAGAAUAAAUUCAAGAAAGGAUAUUUAAAAAAAGAAAAACCUAGACAAAAAAACCAAAGGUAAUUUCACACUUCUUCUUCUUUUGACUCAGACUGGCAGCGUAGAGCAGCAAUACAGUUACGUGUGACAUCGCAAUGGUGAAAAGGCCAUUUUGAUCAUGUAGUAGAUUCAGCAGAGGAAUGCUACCCAUUAAUGUUUCAAUAAAGUUUUCAAAACAAAUAA